GAGAUAAGCUCUGAACUCUGCCCCUAGAGGGAACAUUACCCAUUCAUUCAUCGCUUGUCAAACGGGAUAAACGGGAUGUGGCCGACUUUCAUUUGUUUCGGCUUGGUUUUUACCGCUUUUGGACACGGUCGAGAUGUCCAGCCACACACUGACCCACGCCUUGCAGAAGGAGAGAAAAAGAUGAGUGAACAACUUCUUCUGAUUCUUGAACAUUUUAAAAAACCAGACCCAGUUGGUCUACCGGGGGCGGAAAUCCCCGAUCCUUACCCCGUGCCCGAUAUGAAGCAAUCCUUGAGUUUCGCCACGGUGAACUUUAAGAAUACAGCUGUUUAUGGCAUCAGCAAAUUCAGGAUAGUGUCUGUGAACGUUGAAAUUGGGGCUAUGGAGGUUCAUGCGUCAAUGUUAAUCGACAAGCUAAAAGCUCGUGGUAACUACACUAUGGUCUCCUGGUUCCAAAAAGCAUCAGGUCCUUAUACUGUUGACAUUACUGGCCUCAAAAUAUUAGCGCGAGCCAAUCUAGGAGUCGAGCGAGAUGGAAAACUCCGUGCUCAGGAUAUGCACAUAGACCUUGCGUUCAGUGCUAUUAAUGUUAAUUUCCAAAACUUGGGUUUCUUCGGAUCUAUGGUGCAAGGAAUGAUUAACGGCCUUGGCAGUGUGAUCUUCGAUGCAAUCAAGCCUUACGUCCUCAAAGAAGCGUACGGAAAAGCAAGGGACGAAAUAAACAAGAACCUCGAGGAAGUAGCUGGUGACAUGCAGUUCCCGAAUUCAAUAUCACCUCUGGACAUGGUAAUAGCAGAUUUAAGAAAGAAAGUAAGAAAUAUGAACAUGGAUCCUUACCAGAUAAAAGAUUACAAUGCUACAGUAAGCAUUUUUGCUAUAACCUUAACUCGUACUUGGGUGACGGGCUUGUCAUCGUUCCAUCGUGUUGGUGACAUUAUUCUUAAGAUGGAAAACAAUACGGCAAUAGCUGAUUUUGAGAUUGGUACCCAAAAACUCGAAGGGUCAACUCAAUGGGAAAUCACAGCACUUAGUGGUCUUAUGUCCAGAGCGGGAACUGCAUCAUUUUCCGCUGAAUAUGUUAGUGGCAGGAUUGUGUUAGCGCAGCCUUUGGAUACACGAAAGAAACCAGAAUUUAGAGGACUUGAUCUUGAGGUUGGUAACAUUCAGGUGCGUUGCGAUGGCGCUGGGACACUGGACUACGUAAUUGAGUUUGCGGUGAACAUUCUUCCUAAUCUUUUAAGGUAUCAGAUAAUGGAUGCUCUAGAAGGUCCUUUAAGGGAAAAAGUACAACAAGAACUGAACAAAUUAAAUGUAGAAGAAAUGAUUAAACAAGAGCUACCCAAAGUAGAUCAAGUGCAAGAAACUGGAUUUAAAUUGUCGCAACUUCGAGGCCAAGAGUCUGUGGAACAACCCUACGAUAACGACGAGUUCUUUAACUUUUGAUGUGUACAUGUUAUUUACUUAAAUACUUAUUGUUAUUAGUUAUAGUUGACGACUAGAAAGUAAAUAAA